GCUUUCAACAUGCCACCGAUUCGCGUCCGACGCGACUUGGAUUCGCCAGACAAUUACGCGACACGUCAGUCAUCAACUGCGAAAUAAUCACUGAAAAAUUUGUGAUUUUGUUGACAUUGUGACAAAAAAAAAACCGGAACCAAAUACAAACAAAUACAGCGAGUACCAUUCAAAUGACGAUCAACACACUAGAACACUAACUUUCUUUAUAGUAGAGAACCUAAACUUAUUCGGAUAGAUUCUGGCUAAAUCAAAUAAUUGAAAAUCAUUGUUAAAACCGAUAUAGAACAAGAUAGAAGCUUUUAUUUUUACGCUCACACAGCGUUUUGUUCCCUGAAAAAUAGUAUAAUUGAAGAGUUCCCUAAAAGAUCUUGAGCGCUUAAAUUACUUUCAAAAAAUGGAGAAGUUAGGAAACGUAUUCUAUCAUCUACCAGAAAAGCUUUUCAACAGUAAAAGGAUUUGAAAUACAAGUACUGUUACGUUAACAUUUUUCAAUAAUUGCCUAAAACUAGAUUGAAUAUUGAUUUCCGAGAAUCAGUUAAUUCUGCAGGUAGACAAAAAAAUAGAAACAGGAAUGAUUAGAAUCCUAGAAUUAUGUUAGACACCUAUAGUAGACGACAUCUGAAAUAUUCGAACUCAGUUUGAGAAGAAUAUGAAAAUCAUCAACAGCAUAAGAAAUUCCACGCAUGAAAGAAGAGUCAGGAAUGGUUAGUAUCCUAGAAUUAUGUUAGACACCAAUAGUAGAUGACAUCUGAAAUAUUUGAACUCAGUUUGAGAAGAAUAUGAAAAUAGGGUUUCAACUGGUAUUGUUAUUCAAAAUCACCGUGUAGAUAAACGUGUUUUUUGCUAAUUUUUGAAGAAUCAUGUAAUAAAAUCUUCUGAAGCAUCAAUAAAAAACAUUGAAUACGAAUCAAAAGCUGAUGGGAGAAUAAAGUUGUCAGUAACAGGAUGAAAAAGUCAUGACUAUUGGAUAAUAAGGUCAAAUGCUAGUUGUUGGUGAAAGCUACGAUAAUCCAUAAUUGGCAAUGAUGGAAAAUAAUUCGAAAUUUGGCUAACAAUUUGAAAUUGAACUCUCAAUGUAUCUCCAAUAGAAACUCAGUAACGGAAUUUUAAAACUAUAUUCUUCUGGUGACAGCCAACUGUGAGUUUGAAUAAGGAUUGAGAAAGGGUUGAUUCACCAUUUAUUUGAAGUGUUGAAAAAUUCACUGUAUGUGUUGAUAAAAAGCUACCCUUCAAUCUUCAUGAACCCCUCAAUCUUCUGCACGUGAUAUGAGAUCUAUCAAUAAAGAGUGGUGAAUGGUUUUUCAAAGCAACCCAAUUUUGGUAUUUUUGAAAGAAAUAAGAGAUUGAUCAAAUAGUGUAUAUCACAGCUACUACUAUACAGAAUGUGAUAAGAUAUUAUGCCUUGCGAUCACUGUUAACAAAUCACGUGUCUUCAAGUUUAUCAAUUACUCGGGUCAUUCGAAACAACCAUAAUGAACAGUUCCUUCAAACAUUGCCUUGAGUGAUGAAGAAUGCAUGAGGAGUGGUAAACAUUAACAUGUUCUGAAAUAUAAAAAUUUGUGAAAAACAUUGUGAAAAAAAUUUGUAUAAAAAGUGAAAAAACAAAACAAAAACAGUUUGAUUACAAUAUACAAUGAGGAUUAACAAAAAUGUUGAUGAGAAUGUUAAAGCUGAAACAUGACAACAUGUAAUCCUCGAUCAGCAAUGAACGUUUCGUUGGAGGAGAGUGACUGGAACGUAACCUCCUCGAUCUGGAAUGCGACAGAACCAACCGACCUGGACUGGGCGCUGAUGAUCCAGGAGCGAGCCCUUUUAGCCAGCCUACUGCUCUUGUUCUCAGCUGCCACCGUCUUCGGAAACGCUCUAGUGAUGGUGGCAGUUGCGCGUGAAAGGUACCUUCACACAGCCACCAACUACUUCGUCACCUCAUUGGCAUUGGCCGAUUGUUUAGUGGGGUUGGUGGUGAUGCCAUUCAGUGCACUCUAUGAAGUUUUGCAGAACAAUUGGUUUUUUGGAAUCAACUGGUGCGACGUUUGGAGGUCUCUGGACGUUCUUUUCAGCACGGCAUCAAUACUGAACUUGUGUGUGAUCUCGUUGGACAGAUACUGGGCUAUCACUGAUCCGUUCACGUACCCGACACGUAUGAGUCGCAACAGAGCGUGUCUGCUGAUUGCAGCAGUUUGGGUGUGUUCAGGCGCCAUCUCUUUCCCGGCGAUAGUUUGGUGGAGAGCAGUGCGUGUUGAAGAGGUGCCUGCACUCAAGUGUCCUUUCACUGACAGCUUGGGUUAUCUGGUCUUUUCCUCGACAAUCUCCUUCUACGUUCCACUGUUUGUGAUGGUGUUCACUUACUACAAGAUCUACAGAGCAGCGGUUACUCAAACAAGGUCCCUGAAACUGGGUACCAAACAAGUGAUGAUGGCACCUGGGGAAAUGGAACUGACGCUCAGGAUCCAUCGUGGAGGGGGCGGAGGUGGAACCGCACAUCUCUACAACUCCACCACAUCUGACGACCUACCUGACGACCAUCCCUCAUCCUCAUCACCACAAAAUGGCGGCCUCACUCGACAAACGUCACGUGUCAUCCACGGAAAACAUCUGGGGAAAAACUUUUCUCUGAGUCGUAAACUGUCCAAAUUCGCCAAAGAGAAAAAAGCAGCGAAAACUCUGGGCAUUGUGAUGGGUGUUUUCAUAAUUUGCUGGCUUCCUUUCUUUGUGGUGAAUCUGCUGUCGGGGUUCUGUGCCGACUGCAUCUGGGAGGCAGAGCUCGUGUCGGCCAUUGUCACCUGGCUUGGCUGGAUCAACUCUGGCAUGAAUCCGGUCAUCUAUGCUUGUUGGAGCAAGGAUUUCAGAAGGUAA